AUGAAAAUUGAAAAUUCGGUGGUGGGGUCCGGGCGUGGCUUUAAUUUGUGCUACACUGCGCGGCCGGUGGGCUUUAUGGAGGAUCGUUGGGACGAUGUUGUCUUUCUCUUGAGGCGUAUUAACGAUUUUAAUUCUCAGAUAGCUCCCUACAAUAAAAAAGCUAUAUCUUAUCUUCUUCGAAAACAAAAGGAUGUUAAUUUGGCGCAAGUGUUUAACGUGGCUAAGGAGAAGUAUGGUUGUGACACGAACCAAGAACGUUUCAGUUUUGUUGUGAUGGUCAUGAAGCUCUCCGGCUGCAUUACACAAGCAAAGGAGCUCGUAAAAGGCAUAGACCCUUCUUUGGUAAAAAGAGAUGGAUUUGAAUUAUUAAAUAAAUGUCUGGCGAAUGACGAUGAUCAUGACCGUAAAGAAGCCUUGAUCUCCAUGAGAGCUAUUCUUAUAGCUCUUGACAUCAAGUUACGUGAAAGCGGGCUUGUAGAAACAUUCCUCGAAAACAUCGGUAUGCUGGUUCCUUUUUCUGUUGAGGCCUGCUCUGAUACCAGCUUCCCCCUUUAUAAAUAUUUAGAGGACAGUGCCACAAUUGAGCCUAACAAGCUUAAAACCAUUAGGAGCGUUCUCAGUAUGGAUCCCCAGUUACAAACUGCACUGGGAGACUUUGAAGCUUCAUUAGAAAAAUUAAAGCCAAAAGUCAUCCUUCAGGAAGAAAUUUUGGCUACUAUCCCUCCAAGUGAUCCAAAGGAAAGGUUUAGCCAUUCAGUGGGCAAUGAAGAAGCUCACCCACCAGGGCCACCACCUGCUUAUAGCCCACAUGAUGAGCUCUGUGUUGGUACUACAUCUAGUAGUGCAACUUCUUCAGUCACUGAUACACGCUCAAGGGCGACCUCUGAUACUUCAUCCUUUCGUCAUCUUAGGGCUCCUCAUUUAUCAAACACACAGCGACAAAUGACUUAUCCUCCUAUUGCUAAUGAAUCUCCACCCCUCCCCUUUCCUACUACAGCUCAAGCUAAUUCAAUUGAACCAAAUGAUGCAACUGGAACACAAACAGAACUUUCAAAUACUGGAAAUUCUGUUCCUGGUGAUAAUUAACUGUGACAGUACUAUUUUUGCUUCACUAUUAUGCUUCACAUGUAGAUCAACUCAAUUUUAUUAUACAGCAAUAGUAUUAUCACUAACAAUAGUAUUAUCACUAACAAUAGUAUUAUCACUAACAAUAGUAUUAUCACUAACAAUAGUAUUAUCACUAACAAUGGUAUUAUCAUUGUAUUGAA